ACCGCGCGUUAAAACCGGAAAUUACGUUCUGGUUUUCUUUGCAGCGCUUUGACGUGAUUAAGCACGUUAGCAAUGUCGGGUAUGGAGGAUAUGUCUAACGAUUUUGGAACAUUUAAAGACGACAGUGCGUUUAAUGUCGAGGCUGGAGACCAUGGCGAAGAUGGCUUUGUUUUGGACCCGACGCGAUAUAUGUUUUACAGAGACAGAAAGGAGUGGGCUGACUUGGAGCCUGUUCCUCAGGAUGAUGGACCAAACCCUGUGGUCAAGAUCGCUUAUUCGGAAAAGUUCUCCGAUGUUUUUGACUAUUUCCGUGCCCUUCUAAAGCAUGAUGAAAAGAGCGAGCGAGCCUUCGCCUUGACAGCAGACGCCAUUGAGUUGAAUGCUGCUAAUUACACCGUGUGGCACUACAGGCGGGUAUUGCUACAAGCUCUGGCAAAAGACCUGAGUGAAGAAAUGAGGUACAUUACAGCCAUCAUUGAGGAUCAACCUAAAAACUACCAAGUGUGGCAUCAUAGACGUAUCGUGGUAGAGUGGUUGAACGACCCUUCAGAAGAGCUGGAGUUCAUUGCAGACAUCCUCAGCCAAGACGCAAAGAACUACCAUGCCUGGCAACACAGACAGUGGGUCAUCCAGGAAUACAAACUAUGGGACAAUGAGCUGGAGUUUGUAGAGAAUCUCCUGGAAGAAGAUGUGAGGAAUAAUUCUGCCUGGAAUCAGCGGCAUUUUGUCAUCUCAAUCACUACAGGCUUCUCUGAUCAAGCUGUUCUGGAGAGAGAGAUCCAGUACUGUCUGACCCAGAUCAAAAAGGCCUCCCACAAUGAAAGUGCAUGGAACUAUUUGAAAGGGAUGCUGCAGGACAAAGGUCUGUCGUCUCAGCCUGGCCUGCUGGAGAAAAUCCUGGAGCUGAAGGAGACCCGAUGUUCCUCGUACCUUCUUGCCUUCCUCUUUGAUUGCUACGAAGACGCCUUGGAGAAUAGCAGUCAAAAAGAAAGCGCAGAGGAAGAGCGGAUAGAAACCUUAAAACAAGCUCUAGAAAUUUGUCACCUUUUAGCCCAGGAGAAGGAUAGCAUCCGUAAGGAGUAUUGGCUGUUUUUGGGACGUUCUUUAAAGAGCAAAUAUGGAUCCAGUGGGCCCAGAACAGGUGACGCCGAACCUCCAUCUCCAGCGGCGGACAAGUAGGAAAUGAACUAGAUGCACCUAGUUCACCCCACUCCCACAAAACUGGUUUGAUGAACUUAUUGCUGUAAACUGCAAUUUUGUGUAUUGCACAAUAGGCAUGUCGCUACGAGUGGCGAUGCAGUGAAGGAAAUGAGAGUGUUAUGUCAAGGCCUUCUUUCAAAAACAGGACAAAAAUCACUUCUGGGCCAUUAGGUUUCAUCUCGCAGCAUAUUUGUAUCUAUUAUAUUGCUCUCUAAUAGGCCUGGCCUAAUAAUAAAAUCUGAA